AGUCUUCGAGCGGACGUCGAAGUGAUAGGAGGUUAUUUUCUUCGUCCUCCCUACAUCCCCCCCUUCCCUAACCUAUUCUUCGUGCGGGUCAUCGGGGUGGGGAGAGUAGGAAAUGCGAGUGGCGGGGAUAGGCGCGCAGGAACGCGAGGACGGUGCUUCGUCGCCGGCGUGAAGGCAGCCUGGUGCAGCGACAAUGUCGGCCGGCAGGUGCGCGCGGUAGUGGUCACCACCCCCUCCUUGCAGUCCUCGGCGCGCCAUGGACGCGGGGGCGGCGGGCUGCUACUCGGCGGGCAGCGUGGCGGGGGCGGUGCUGGGGACGGCUCUGGCCUGCGCCUGCCUCGCGGCGGCGGCCUACGCCUUCUGGAGGUUCUACUGGCGGCCGCGCAGAGCCAGACACCUGGUGCUGGUGACCGACCCCGAGAACGGCAAGGACGACUAUGCUUUCGACAACCCUUGCUUCAGAGAGGGCACUCCUGUGGGAAGGACACUUCCUGGAGAGAAGGAUGUCGGCAAACUGGACCAGAAGACUCGCUGGUCGGCGUGGAGUCCGCUGGGGGUCAUCGUCGCGCGCGGCGACAAGAGGAAGGCGCUGGACGACUCCUUCCUCGCGGAGCCACAAGUGAAUGUUGUGGCACUGCGCAGUCACGACUUCACAGGGCUCGGCUUCAACAUAUGCGGCAACAUGCGGGAUGGCAUAUACAUCAAGGAUGUCCUGCAUCGCGGGCCAGCAUCUGAAUCUGGACGCAUCACGCCUGGGGACAGGAUCGACAGUGUGCGCAUCAGUUUUCGCCACAUGGUGUUUGAAGACGCUCUCACAAUCCUGAGCUACGCGUCGCCGUACGAGGUGCAGUUGGAAGUUGAAAAUGCUACCUCGUCACGCCCGAGCACGCUCAUCCGGACAAAGAGGAUGUCGGGUUCCAACGCAGCAUUCGGCGACAGAAUCUGCCAUCCUUUCUACAGGAGCCAGUCCAUUGCUGAUUUGGCUCAGAUUGGCAAAGACAGUCUGAAGAGAAUGCAACAAAUGGAGGGCAUCACAAAGUCACCACGAACAAUCAAACCCGAAGGCCUCGAUGAUUUAGGUGCAGGAGAUUAUCCAACCCUGAAGCUUUCAUCAUCCCCGGGCACUGUCGAGGCUCGGCGAGAGAAUGCCGGCCUCGAGAAAGCUGCAGUGCCUCAGCAAGGCAUGGAGCCCGCUGUGGUGAAACCUGAGAGGACGAAGAGGAGCUCGCAAGCAUCACCAGAAGCACACAGUCCUGAAGAUGGUGGCACGCUCAGCAAGUUCCAGAAGUUUGGAGUCAGAGUUCUGCCCGAUCCAAAUGCAGGCAACACCAUGAGACCGAGUGACAGUGCUGAAACACCCAAGAUGAGGUCAACGGAAAGUCCCAGGAAGAAUGGGGUGGCAGAACCUGAGAAGCAUCAGAAUGAGCAGAACUCCAUGAUAGAAAAAAGUAGCGAAGAAGUUUCUCCAGCACCACGGAAACAGCAAAACAGACCAAAAGGUAACAUCCACCCAAGCAUGGACAUUGAUGUCGUGGAUGGCCGGAGACCAAUCGCAGAAACAUUUUACGAUGAAAGAGGGAUUGAUGUCGGUCCAGUUGAGUUGCAGAAGAAGACAUCAACUGGUCAUUUUAGGGUUCCGAAAGUCGACAGUGGAGCUAGCGGUAAAUAUUCUGAUCCCGAGGGUCAUUCUGAGAUGGGUAAUGAGGGAGCUAAAGAAUCAAAUGUGAAACAGCUCAUCACAAAAGGCUUCCAGAACCUGAAAGAAAAGUUUCACUCCAUUGAUAGAAAGAAAAGUGGAAGCACUUCUGAGACAACAGAUGAUGAGUCUUAUGCUCAAAAUGAGAAAGAUUUAUCUUCCCUUCACCAGAAACAUCUCACAAGUGACAGUAGAGCUGCAGAAAUCGCAAAGAACAGCAAAGAUACAUUGAAUAAAGAAAUGAGCAAUAAAACUGAAAGCAUGAAGUAUUCAAGCAAUAUUCCAACAAACCUUCCUGAAGAAGUUCGUAGAGCAGCCAUAGCAGCGGUCAAUAAUCGUAGGUCUUCCGGGGCAGUGGUUUCUCAGGAGGAAAACAAACCCAAUACAUUGCACAGUCACGAAAGAAGUCACAUCACCUCACAGGACAGCAUUAGUGGGGACAGUUCAAGCGAGGAAGACAGAAGGACAUCUGCACCAAAUUACGACACGGACAGCAGUGAAAGGUUGCCAAAAAAGUCACCCAAGAGAAAGGCACCAUUACCGCCUCCAGAGGGUGAAGAGGACGUGGAAUGCUCACUUGUAGAGUCUGGAAACAACAGUCCUAAAGCUGUAAACUACACCCACACACAUCCACAGCAAAUCAAAACAGAAAUAAUAAGCAUCAAGGGAAACAGUAACCCAAAACCUGCACAGACAGCAGAUAAAAUUCUUACAUCAUUUGGUAACAUUGGAGUACAGAUAAAUAACACCGAAGCUGCAAGCAAUAUAACGGAGAGAAAUCAAUCACCCCAAGUUAGUAAAAAUGUACAUAGCAAUAGUGAGAAAGAGCACGAAGAGACCACAGAUGUUUCCAAUGAAGUAGAUAUGACAAAUCAGGACUUAAUUAAUGCCAACAUGAGUGAUGUAAACACAGAGUCUGACUCCGAUGUUGAAAAAAAAUCUCAAGAAUUCUAUGAAGCUAAGAGGAGUAGGAAAAACAAAGGUGGGACAAAAAUAGAACUAAAUUCGUCACACAUCACAAUACAUCAUAACCCAUCUGACAUGGCUGUGGAUAUGGAAAAUGAGAGCACUCGCAAAGCAGCCUCACUUGGAGACCUGUCACGGUUGGACUCCGAGCAGCCAAUGAGCAUAUUAGAAAGAGCAGUGUCCUUGGAUCUGGCUGAUGGGGGAACACCUCAUGGUACAAAGAAACGGAAAGCUCCCUUGCCGCCACCGGGCGAAGACUACUUAGUGUCCGCACAAGACAGUGAUGAAGGCUCAUCAUGUAAAAAAGAACCCAGGUUGGACGGAGCAAUGGACACGUUCCAAAGACGCCGCCUGAAAAAGUCAUCAGAUUGGGGAACUUUAGAAGAUGCAUUGCAGCAAAAUAACCAAAAUUUUUCAGACCAAAAGAGUUUUCUCCUGAAUACAAAUACAACUGAAGUCACACAAGGUAAGACAGGUGUUGAUAAACCAAACAGUACUUCAACCGAAUUUGACACAGGUGUCCAGGGAAAAAUCUCAGUAGAAACAAUAUCUUCUAGACAUGAUCGUCCUAAUAUUCACACAUCAUCAAUAAUCGAAUCUUUUAUAAUGGCAGAGAAAAAACACUCGGAUGCUUUAAAAUUCAUACCUAUUGACUCUCCAUCAAGAAUAAACAUAGAAAGUAGUGCUUUGAAAAGAAGUGAUCCAAAGAAUGAUAGCGAAGAUGGUGAGGGCUCGAUUGAGGCUCGCGAACACCAGCGUAAGAUGGUACUGCAUGUGAAUCCUGAUGCUCACGUAACAACCCAGGUCACUAUUUUACCAGCGACAACCUCGACCUACGAACGGUAUGGAAAUGCCACUGGUGAAGGUGAUCGUACGUCCACGAUGCUCAGCUCAGUUUCUUCAUCUGAAAACCUGCCUUCAAGGAUUGUCAGCUCCACGCCACUUCACAACAUUGCAUCGGAAGUUGUGAGCUCAACACCUAGAAACCAGCACUUCCAUUCUGAGAGGACUACAUUACAGUCUCCUCUCAUAUCAUCUAGCAACGUGGGUAUAAGCAACAUACACGUCACCUCAACACAAGAUUCAUCCGACCUAGAUACGGACCCCAAUAUGCUGGUCACGUCUGCAACGGAUCCAUUCGUCACAGCCAUGACCACGGCGGAUUCUACUACGUACAGCGACAAUUUUGAGGAUGAUUCAACGUGGGAGCAACCACCCGAGCUGCCUACUUCCCCGAUACCUGCAUCGACGUCGUCGUCAUACAUAGCAUCACCAUCCAUGACCUACAUUACGGAAAUACAAGUCGUAACAUCGACGGACAAUACUCGCGACAUUCCUCUCGAUAGAAAAGCACCCAGCAACACAAAAACUGUUUCUCAAGAAGCAAGCAGCGUUCUGGGUGGUGCUCAUGACCAGGCAGACUCAAAUUUAACUUCUGAUUCGAUUGGCAGCAAAGGGGACCAGAAGGAAGUGGAAGCUAUUGUGUCGGGACGUGAACCACAUACAGACAACGAAACAAAACAAACAGGGCAAGCCUUGGCGGCACAGAAAAGCAACGUGACCGUCACCGCUAUACGGAACACGGCCGGCUCGAUGGGCAACGUCGAACGAUCCCGAAUACCCACUAGGAUUCAUCAACCAGACAAUGUUAAGAGUUUAAACCACGUUGAAGAGAACAAGGUAAAGCCGGCACGACCUCCGGUUCCACCCAGAAAGUCGGAGGCUUCUUCCUCUCUCAUCACAGUUCAAGGACCUGUCAGUAACCAUGCUGCCAACACGUCCAGCUCAGGAAAGUUCAUCAGCUUCUCAUCGCUGACACCUCGAUCAUAUCCCCAAGACAGUGUGCCAGGGCGAAACAGCAGUUUCGAAAAGUGGGUGUUUCUCGACGACUCCAACACCAGCAACGUCACAAAGCUGAAUGGACUGGAGAGUGUGUCAAACGACGACGUUAAAAACACUCAGCAACAUUCCACAGUUGUUACAUUCCCAACAUCUACCCCCAACAGGACACAAACAAUAACGCACAUUGUACUGGACACAAAAUCUGGUAAUAACACAGGCAAAAUGUAAAUUCCAUCCCUUUCCCAUGUAUUAAUAAGUCUUGUUACCUGAAGCUAAAAGUGUACAUAGAAAAUAUUUUUAGUGGGUGAUAGUUAGAUAGAUAACAUUUCCUUCACUUGAAAAUUAUUAAUCAAGUAAUAAUUGUUCACUAUUUAUGUACAUUGCAGUAUUCUUAGUACUUAAUCUAUUAGUACUUAAUUAUAAUUUUGGAAAUUUUACAUUCCACGAUUGCAAAGAAAUUGGUGGUGACAUGACAGUCGCUUUACAGUAGGUUCUCAUAUUCUGAAGACAAACCAGGCCUGAUAAAGGUUUUAAUCCUAGCAUGGGCAGUGUGAGUUUAUACUUACUUCUAAAAACAAAGCAGUAUCAACAUUGUUAUUAUUUGAUCCAACACCAUGCAUAUUUACAAGAAACAUGGUUGUAUUGUUUACAUAGCUCUGACAAUAAAUAUGUAGAAAAUAAAUUAUAAGAAAAUCUUAACGUUUGAAGCAGGUGCUAAAGAUAUCUUUAAAAUAGUACGUCAAUAUUAUAUUUACAUGAAAACACUUUAAAAUUUAAUUUUUAUAGGAGAUAGUUUAGCUAUUGUGUACUCUUUUCAUAAGAUGAUAAAUACAAGACAUCAAACUGUGUGAUAAUAAAAUAAUGAAAUAUCUAUUAUGAAUGUUUUAUAUUAGUUAACUAAAUAAACAUUUUAUUUGUAACAGUGUGUUAUAUUACAGUUGGUGAUGCUUAGAACAAUAUAUGUACACAGUAGUUAAAAACAUGAAUGAGUUAGCUAUAUGUGUACUUGGGAGGAGAAAUCCGUUCCUUUUAAAGUGUGAUAAAGAAAGAUUAAAUGUAACAAAUAAAUUUUUAUGUGAUAAAAAGUACCAUAUAUUUUAUAUGAAAACGUGAAUAUAUUUGUGUGUGUGAUAACAUUGGUUAUUCAUCUUACUAUUGAGACAUUGAUUGUCCUCAGUAGCUUGUCAACCACUGAGUCAUGUUGAGACAAAUGCUGUUCUUUUAAAAUAUGUUGGGAUGAAGUGAACUGAAGUGAUUUUUUUAGCUUUGACACUUUAGACAACGAACAGCUUUGAAAAACAUCAGCACCCCAGCGAGAUAGUGCCUUGACCUAAACCAAUGAGUUUUUGUGUACUGCAAGAUGCAGAUAACUAGUGUAGACAUUAAGUCACUUCGUCACAUUCGGUGGACUACCACAAGCCAGAAGAUAACCAACCCGUUAGUGCUGCAUGUAAUUGGGUUGUUCAGUUAAUGAAAUCACUGUUUUGUGUGCCAAUACAUUUUUUGUAUGAUAUUCGUAAUUGUACAUCCUGCAACAAAAAUAUCCCUUUAUAGUAGAAACUACUUUAACUGCACAUGCAUACAAUGGUGCAACAAAAAUUUAAAGGAAAAAAAAUAAAUAUUUGUUAAUCAAUUUUAACAUUUUUAAUUUCUAUAUGUACAGUAAAAGUAAUUACAUGCUAAAAGAUGUGGUUGAGGGUAAUAUUGUUACACUUGUGCAUAUCUUUGAUGUAUGUGGAUGUAUAUAUUUCUUGUUAUUCUGUUUUGUUGGUACUUCAAUUUUUAACUUUCGCCAAUACAAUAUUUUUUUUUUUUUACUCUGUUUAUAUUAACAUGUAAAUAUGAGUGUAAAAUACAGUAUUAGUAUUUUUAA